AUGGUGUUCCCGGAGAAGAUAUCUCAGCCUGUCAUAUCCACAAAACGGCCGUUGGGUGAUUCUGAUGACUGUAAACUUGAUGAAUUCAGAAAACCUAAAAUGGUGAUGCGAAAGUAUCCCCCUCAUAAGAUCAGAGGAGCAGAAGCAGUCCGUGAUUUCCCUCCUGAUUGUGGAAUCUUUCUCGAUUCUCUUGUGACUAAAGUAGAGAAGAAUCCAUUGAAGAAAUUAGAUAAUGUUGAAUCAAAUAUUGAGAACGUGACCUCCCAUGGCAAGGAUAAGAUGGUGAAAUCUCAGCCUUUUGAAGAUAAUAAACUCAAUAACUGCCUUAAACCUGAAGGAUUAGGGUUCAAGAAACCUUCUUUUGGCUCAAGACCUAAAAUGAAAUUUGGGAAUCCCAAGGAACAACAUCCUGUUUGUGGAAUCAUACAAGAAAGGAAGCCUUUCAAGAAAUUAGACAAUGUUGACUCAAAGUCAAUGGAAUGUUGUCAUCCUUUGGAGAAUACCAAACUCAAUAGCUUCAAACAUAAAGAAUCAGGGAUCAGCAAACCUUUUGGUUCAAGGUCAACCGGUAAAGUCAAAUUUUGGGAUCCUAGGAUCCCAUCUUCAAAUGACGAUAAUGCCCCGAAAGUAAAAGACACCAACUUUAUCGGAUCACGAAAUGAACAAAUUAGACGUGAAAAGAUCCGUGAGACAAUGAUCUUGUUUGAAACAAUUUACACUCAGUUAUUACAAGACAACGGAUCAAAACAAAAGGGAGAAAAGAGAGCUAUUUGGAUACUACCCAUGGAGGCUGCAAAGAUAGUCAAACAAAAGCUAAAAUGGAUGAAUGUUGACAAGACAUUUGGUGAAAUCCUCGGUGUCCAACCUGGUGACAUGUUCAGAUUUAGGUCACAACUUCAUAUAGUAGGUCUUCAUUGUCAACCACAUUGUGGUAUAGAUUACACCAGCAUUAAUGAGAAGAAUCUUGCUAUAAGUAUAGUUAACUCUCAUCGUUACUCAAACAAAAGUCAAUCGUGUGAUGUGCUUACUUAUUGUGGUGAAGGUGGUGGGGCCGGGUGCUUUGGGUAUAAGCCACAGGUGCCACCCGAUGAUCAAAAACUUGAAAGAGGUAAUCUUGCUUUGAAGAACAGUAUGAUUGAGAAAAAUCAUGUUAGGGUGAUUAGGAAAGUUUUUGGAGUUGGAAACAACAACAAUGUGUUUGUGUAUGAUGGAUUGUACACUGUGGAGCAUUGUACACAAAAAAGAAGUUCAGAAGGGAAGAUGGUGUUCAUGUUUGAAUUGCAUAGAGUGCCUGGCCAACCGAAUUUUCAGCAAAGGGUCAAUGCUAUACCAGGUAAUUUCGUUUUAUACCAUCAUACCACCUUUCAAAUGCUUUAG